AUGUCAUUUGCUGCCACUAGAAUGUGGGCACGCCGUAUGGCUACUGCUCGUCCUUUAGCAUUCAAGUCAAACUCGACUUUGUACACUAAACCAAUGUGGCGAUCCAUGGCAACAGCUGUCAACCAACAACAAAACAGUGCAGUCACCACUAUUACUGAAGAUAAAAGUUUUGGUAGUUCUCUCGAAAAUGAAGAAGAAACCAAGCUUCGCAACUUUACAGUGAAUUUUGGUCCUCAACAUCCUGCUGCUCACGGUGUGUUACGUUUGAUUUUGGAAUUGAAUGGUGAAGAAAUUAUUCGUGCUGAUCCUCAUAUUGGUCUUCUUCAUCGUGGUACUGAAAAGUUGAUUGAAUACAAGACUUAUCUUCAAGCUUUACCUUACUUUGAUCGUCUCGAUUACGUUUCCAUGAUGACUAACGAACAAGCCUACUCCUUAGCUGUUGAAAAGCUUCUCAACAUUGAAGUACCUGAGCGUGCCAAGUAUAUCCGUACCUUGUUUGGUGAAAUCACUCGUAUUCUCAACCAUAUUAUGUCUGUUACAUCUCAUGCGAUGGAUGUGGGUGCUUUGACUCCUUUCUUGUGGAUGUUUGAAGAACGUGAAAAGUUGAUGGAAUUCUAUGAACGUGUCUCUGGUGCUCGUCUUCAUUCUGCUUAUGUCCGCCCUGGUGGUGUUGCCAUGGAUCUUCCUAUUGGUCUUUUGGAUGAUAUUCAAAUUUGGGCUGAACAAUAUGGUGAUCGUAUUGAUGAAAUGGAAGAAAUGUUAUCUGGCAAUCGUAUCUGGAGAGUACGUACUGAAAACAUUGGUGUAGUCACUGUACAAGAAGCUCAAGAUUGGGGUUUCUCUGGUGUGCUCGUCCGUGGUUCCGGUAUCAAAUGGGAUAUUCGUAAGAAUAAUCCUUAUGAUGCUUAUGACAAGGUGGAAUUCGAUGUUCCUGUUGGUCAAAAUGGUGAUUGUUUUGAUAGAUACUUGUGUCGUACCGAAGAAAUGCGUCAAUCUCUUCGUAUCAUCUCUCAAUGUAUCAAUCAAAUCCCUGAAGGUCCCAUCAAGGUCGAUGAUUGGAAGAUUGCUCCUCCUCCUCGCUCUGCUAUGAAGGAAAACAUGGAAGCUCUUAUUCAUCAUUUCAAGCUUUACUCUGAAGGUUAUUCUGUUCCUGCUGGUGAAACUUAUACUGUUAUUGAAGCUCCUAAGGGUGAAUUUGGUGUGUAUUUGGUUUCUGAUGGUUCCAACAGACCCUACAGAUGCAAGAUCAAGGCUCCCGGUUUUGCCCAUCUUCAAGGUUCUGACUUUAUGUCUCGUGGCCAUUUACUUCCUGAUAUGGUGGCUCUUAUUGGUACCAUGGAUAUUGUGUUCGGUGAAGUUGAUCGAUAA